AUGACUCCUUCCAGCGCAAGCCCUGUCCCCGACUCCUCGACCCAAGCCGCCGAGCCUACCGUGCCGUCGUCCAAGACUGACCUCCUCGCUCCGUCGGACGAGCACGAGAGCUCUGAGCCCCCCAUUGAGAACGAGCCCGAGGGCCAGACCGUCCCGAACACCGAUACUUUGGAUCUCCAAGAGCCCGCCUCUGAGGACACCCAGUCCCUCGUUCCCUCCGCCCCCACAGCAUCUCAGGAGCCCGAUGCCGUAUCUGACGUCCCCGACGUCCCCGACGUCCCUGAUGUGCCCGCCGUGCCCGACGAAAGCUCGCCUGAUUCGGCCACCCAGAGCGACCAAGUCCCGACCUCUGUUCCCCAAGAUGACGCCGAUGUUCCCGUGCUCACCAACCGCUCCUCUUCCCAGCCCACUUUGCUCUCGGCGAGCUCUGUCGAUGAAAUCAUCGAUAAGCUUAAUGCUAUAGGUCUUGCCUCUCCGCGCGCCGGCACCAGCACCAGCACCAGCACCAUCACCAUCACCAUCACCCACAGCGCUCCCACCAGCCCCGGUCCCGGUCCCGGUCCCGGUGCCAGCACCCUCGUUCCGAGCCAGAGCCAGAGCCAGAGCCAGAGCCAGAGCCAGAGCCAGAGCCGCACUCCCAAUUCAAAGGCGUCUCCCUCGACACCUCCUCGGCGCUCCUAUGGCGCUGCCACCACGCCUUACAGCCCUUCCUCGCCCUCCAGUCGUCACUCCCACUCGAACUCGGAGUCGAUUUCAGACUCUGGUUCGGACUCGGACGACAGUCUUGCUGCCUCUCCUAGCCUCCUGAGAAUGGCCAUUGUGUCAGCCCCAUCGACUCCGACAAGCCAAAUCGCCCGCCGCAACCAGUGGACUAUGGCCCAGCAGUCCCCUCAGUCCCCACGAUCGCCGACCACCACGUCUCCACGAUCAUCAUGCCGCUCCUUGACCGUGAACGGACGUCCCUGUCUCUCGCUCGUGACGAGCCGCGAUGGAGCCUACUGCCGAGCCCAUGAUCCAGAGUUCCCCCGAUGCGUCGCACGGACUCUCGAGGGCAGUCCAUGCCGAGGCCCGAGACAGUCGCACACCCCUUACUGCACUGUCCACGACCCCAACCGUCCUUUUUGCUCGCACUGGAUUGCCUACAAGAACCGAGGAUGCCUCAAAAAGAUCUAUAGAGAGGACAGCCCCUAUUGCGAGCAUCACGAUCCCAGUUUCCCCAAGUGCCGCAUGUGCCGCUUGGCCGUCGACUAUCCUUACAGCGAUACAUACUGCAACCAGCACUCGUACAUGCAGUACAGAUAG